AUGCUCAACCAAGCCCUGCAGGGCAUCCCAGGGCUCCUGCAGCCCGACACGGACUGGACGUACACCAAGAAGCGCGACGCCCAGGAGAUCCUGCCGGGCCUCUGGCUCGGGCCGUUCGGCGCCGCGCGGGACCAGGAGUUCCUGCAGCGCGCCGGCAUCACGGACGCGCUGGUCGUGCGGGCGCCGGAGGAGGCGAGGAUCAUCGCGCCGAAGUACCCAGAGCUCAUUCGCUACGAGGUCCUCGAGUGUCGCGACAGUCCCUUCGAGAACAUCAUCCGCUUUUUCCCAGGCGUGAAGCAGCUGUUCGACGGGGUUCUCGGCCGGGGCGGGCGCAUCCUUGUGCACGGCAACGCCGGCAUGUCAAGGUCGGCGGCCUUCGUGGUCGCCUACGUCAUGCAGCGUUUCGAGCUCACCUCCGACCUGGCGCACCACUACGUGCUGACGAGGCGGCACUGCAUAUCUCGAGCCGGGGCUUCCGAAACCAGAUCCGAGAGUACGAGAUGCUGCACAGGGCGCAGCUGCAGUUCGGCCCCGGCGCCCCCGGCGCGGCGGGCCCCGGCCUCCCGCAGGGCCAGAAGCGCGCCCUCGAGGCCGCGCCGGAGCCCGCAGAGCCGCCCUCACCGAUGGCGACCUGAGCGGGUCCGUGCCGAAUGUCAGCUGCUCAGCACCGCUAUUCAGAGCCGCGAAUCAUCAGGGCACCGCUAUUGA